CCUAUUGUUAUUCCUCCUGUAGGGUUGCAGACCCCUUCAGCUCCUUGGGUACUUUCGCUAGCUCCUUCACUGGGGGAGAAUUGUUAAGUAACUCUUAGUUCAUUUCAUUUCUACAACAUUAUUAUAAUACAGUAAAUACUAUCUUUGGUUCAAUGAUAACGAACAUGAACUAAAAAUGCUGUUCUCAACUGUUGCAUGUAGUUUUUAAAACACACUACCAACUUGCCCAGGAACUGCGGCACUACUGGUCCCUCCUGGCUCCCGUUUGCUCCACAUGGCUUAGCUCCAGGCUUGAUUGCAACCAGCACUAAGCCAGCUUCCUUUGAAAUCCACAGAUGAAAGACACACACUCAGUUAUUUCACCUUAAUUUGCCUGCCAAGCACAAUUGCUGGGCGCUAACACCUCCAGCCCGGAAAUGCGUGCCCUAACCAAUUUAACUCCAUCUCUCCUCCUGCCCUAAACUUAGUGGCUUGUUCCAAUUAGCUCCUGCCACACAUCUUUGGCACCCCGCCCAUAGCUGAGGCCACAGGCCCUCGCUGCCCCCGAGGUCUUACAUGGUGGCUGUGUCCCUUUUCCUCCAAGCAUGGCAGAAAAGCUUCUUCUCUCCUUCCCUGUGUCUCCUUUUCCUCUUGGGACCCGGGAACCUGUCCCUUCCACCCAACAGUUGGCUCACAGCCUUCUUGACUGACAAAUCAAGAACAAAUUAGCAAACUGGACGUUGAGUAUCAGAACCUCCCCUGACACCCAACAGGGAAUAUGUCUCAGUCUAUAGAGCACUUGCCUCACAAGCAUGAGAACCUAGGACUGAUGCCCAGAACUCACGAAAACAACGUUGGCAUGGAGGCUGAGGAGAGACCCUGCCUCAAAGGAAGUGAACGGAAUGACUUCGGAUAACAGCUGAGUUCGCCCUUUGUCCUCCACAUGAACACACUCAUACACAUAUGCAAGAAGCACAUAGACCAAACAUUUACAUAAACAUUAAAAAUAAUAAUAAAUCUCAAAACCACUGUUCCUAUUGAAACCUGGGGGGGCACGGCCCUGUAUCUACUCUUGUCAAAGUGGAGGGCGUGGUAGAGGAUGACCAAUAGCAGUUGCCACAGAGAGAUUUUAGAGUACUGAUUUGACUCCUAGUACUGAAAUACAUAGGGAUUUUAAAAACCAAUAUGGGGCUGAGGAAGCAGAGGUGUUGCAGAGGGCUCACCGAGCAUGCACGGGCUCUAGGUCCAAUAGCUAGAAUCACCAAGGUAAUCCAAUUCUUUUGUCAUAGGUGUUCCACCAGGAUCACUGGCACCAAUGUGGUUCACAACUGUGAGAGAGGCAACUGUGUCACAAGGGCGUGCCGGCGUGACUCGAAGACACGGCUGUAUGAACCCAAAUGUACAUUUAUCCCAGACAAAAUACAGACGGCUGGGGCCUCCAUAAUGUUCAUGCAAAACCUUAAUUCUGUGGUUGAAUUUUGCACAGAAAAAAACCACAAUGCAGAAGCCCCAAACCUACAAAACAAAAUGUGCAAUCGCAGAAGCACGUGGGAUGUAAUCAAGACGUCUGCUGACUUUCAGAAUGCCCCUCCCAUGAGAGGAACAGAAGCCCCUCCUCCACCUACAUUUUCACUGCUCAAGUCCAGAAGGCGAGUGGUGUGCUUGGUGCUGGAUAAAUCUGGAAGCAUGGACAAAGAAGACCGUCUUAUUCGAAUGAAUCAAGCAGCAGAACUGUACUUAACUCAAAUUGUGGAAAAGGAGUCUAUGGUUGGAUUAGUCACAUUUGACAGCGCUGCCCACAUCCAAAAUUAUCUAAUAAAAAUAACGAGUAGUAGUGACUACCAAAAGAUCACCGCAAACCUCCCCCAACAGGCUUCUGGUGGAACUUCAAUUUGCCAUGGACUCCAGGCAGGAUUUCAGGCAAUUACCUCCAGUGACCAGAGCACUUCCGGUUCUGAGAUCGUAUUGCUGACAGAUGGGGAAGAUAAUGGAAUACGUUCCUGCUUUGAGGCCGUCUCUCGCAGCGGUGCCAUCAUCCACACCAUCGCUCUGGGGCCUUCGGCUGCCCGAGAACUGGAGACUCUGUCGGACAUGACAGGAGGGCUUCGUUUCUAUGCCAACAAAGACCUAAACAGCCUUAUCGAUGCUUUCAGUAGAAUUUCAUCUACAAGUGGCAGCGUCUCCCAGCAGGCUCUGCAGUUGGAGAGCAAAGCCUUCGAUGUCAGAGCAGGGGCAUGGAUAAACGGUACAGUACCUCUGGACAGUACCGUCGGCAACGACACGUUCUUUGUUAUCACCUGGAUGGUAAAAAAGCCAGAAAUCAUUCUUCAAGAUCCAAAAGGAAAAAAAUAUACAACCUCAGAUUUCCAAGAUGAUAAACUAAACAUCCGGUCUGCUAGACUUCAAAUACCGGGCACUGCAGAGACAGGUACUUGGACUUACAGCAUCACGGGUACCAAGUCUCAGUUGAUUACAAUGACAGUGACCACUCGAGCAAGAAGUCCCACCAUGGAACCACUCCUGGCUACUGCUCACAUGAGUCAGAGCACAGCCCAGUACCCUAGCCGGAUGAUUGUGUACGCACGGGUCAGCCAAGGAUUUUUGCCUGUUCUGGGAGCCAAUGUCACAGCCCUCAUAGAAGCUGAACAUGGACAUCAAGUCACCUUGGAGCUCUGGGACAAUGGGGCAGGUGCUGAUACUGUUAAAAAUGAUGGCAUCUACACAAGAUACUUUACAGAUUAUCAUGGAAAUGGUAGAUACAGCCUAAAAGUGCGUGUCCAGGCACAAAGAAACAAAACCAGACUGAGCUUAAGACAGAAGAACAAGUCUUUAUAUAUACCUGGCUAUGUGGAAAAUGGUAAAAUUGUACUGAAUCCACCCAGACCAGAUGUCCAAGAAGAAGCCAUAGAAGCUACAGUGGAAGACUUCAACAGAGUAACCUCUGGAGGGUCGUUUACUGUGUCUGGAGCGCCCCCUGAUGGCGACCACGCUCGUGUGUUCCCACCAAGUAAAGUCACAGACCUGGAGGCUGAGUUUAUAGGUGAUUAUAUUCACCUUACAUGGACGGCCCCUGGCAAGGUUCUCGACAAUGGAAGAGCACAUAGAUACAUCAUCAGAAUGAGCCAGCAUCCUCUGGAUCUCCAAGAAGAUUUUAACAAUGCUACUUUAGUGAAUGCUUCCAGUCUGAUACCUAAAGAAGCUGGCUCAAAAGAAACAUUUAAAUUCAAACCAGAAACUUUUAAAAUAGCAAAUGGCAUCCAGCUCUACAUUGCAAUCCAGGCAGACAAUGAAGCCAGUCUCACCUCUGAGGUCUCCAACAUCGCACAGGCUGUCAAGCUUACUUCUCUAGAAGAUAGUAUCUCUGCACUGGGUGAUGAUAUUUCUGCAAUCUCUAUGACAAUUUGGGGGUUAACUGUGAUUUUUAACUCUAUUUUAAACUAGAAGAUAGAAUGGCACUAAAAUGCAAUCCUGUACAUAUUUGCUAAGUGUUGCUUUAGAAUGACUUUACUACACACUCAAAGGCUGCCUGUCAACAAUUGUAAUAUAGAAGUUCAUAUUCAAAGUUGAAAAUCCCGAGUUACUAACAACAUUCUUUUGCUAUAUGUAGAUCAAGAUUAACAGUUCCUCAUUCAAUUUCUUAAUUGUUCCAUUUACUAUGGAAAUAAGAUAUCCAUUCUCUUUUCACAGUGUGAUGCAAGUUCACUUUGUAUAUGAAAAUAAAAAAUUUGUACAAGUCGAUUAAAGGGAAUUAUUCAUAUUUAAUAGCAAACAAUUUUAUAGUUGAAUUAUUUGUAAGACAAUUAAUAAAGAAUGCUUCCUGCUUAUACAACUGAAAUCAAGAGGGACUAUGAAAGUAAUUUGUAGGGCUGAAGAGAUGGCUCAGUGGUUAAGAGCACUGACUGCUCUUCCAGAGGUCCUGAGUUCAAUUCCCAGCAACCACAUGGUAGCUCAUAACCAUCUGUAAUGGGAUCUGAUGCCCUCUUCUUGUGUGUCUGAAGACAGCAACAGUGUACUCAUACACAUAAAAAUUAAUAAAUAAAUCUUUAAAAGAAUUUCAUCUAUAUCUUCAAAAGUAAUUUGUAGAGAAAAAUGGUCAAAAGAGGUCAUAAAGUCAAAUGUCUUUUGUCAUUGGCUGAAGGUGUUUUAUCAGUACACAAAGUGAUUAGCAAGAAUGUCUUUACCUAUGAAUUGCAGGCAUCACACUGAGUCUGGUUCUGUCCUGGGACCAUCAUUUGAUCUUAAGAGCAUCAGCAAGACGUACAGUUAGAAUUGAGAUUUUUUUUUUCACUUUGUAGCUCUUGGAUCUAGAGAAAAACUUGAUAUGUAGUAGACAUUCAAUAAAUGUUUGGUAAAUAA